AUGGCGCCCCAUUUGGGACAAGAUGAGUUCUUCUCAUCUCUCACCGAUCUACUCUCCAAGACCUCUCAAAAAGCCCGUGGCUCAGUAAUUCUCACCCAAAAGCCUCUGAUCGAUGUUCCCGGUGCCACAUCCACAAACUCACAACCAUCUAUCCUUAUUCGGGCCACGGAUGGAAACACCAAUGCACCGAACCCCAAGUCCGCAAGCAAGGACGGCAAAAUUACAAAGGACAAGUCCACCAAGAUCAAGCUCUCGACGGUCGUUAAUCCGGACGAGCUUGAGGCCUUUUAUAUUCGCUAUGCGGAGGUCUGCAAGGCAGGAAUGACCGGAUUGAAGAAGCGAGAUCGCCGAGGCCGCAAAGCGAAGACCAAGGGCGGAGCUGCUAAGGCGACAAAGGCUUAG